AUGGAAACUGCUCUAAAACUGGAGGACUCCCCAACAAGAGAGGAAGAUGUGCGAAGUACAUUAGAACUCUUAGACGAAGCGCGUAAUUCGAAUCAGUUUGUGCGAACUUUUUGCUAUGCCGAACUAGCUGUUGCGAACUUGUUUUGGAUGUUCGAAAUGCAUAGCUAUGGUAGUGAAUUGGAAGGCGAAAGAUAUCUCAACCAAAACUCAAACUUGUGGCUGAAGUGUUCAGAUGGACGGAAACUUGGCGAGGCCAUACCACUUCUAGAGACUGUAAUGGAAGCUAUCAAGCUGCAAGAGACAUGGCCUGAAGCGGAUACUAUAGAAGCCACCCAACGAGAUAGAUGGUCCAGGAUUUUCUACGCUCUUAGUGCAAACAUAUGCGUACAAGGAGUCGAUGAAGUAUCAAAAGCGCAUGCGAUACCCUAUUUCGUAUCAUAA